GCGUUUCCCUCACCAGAAUCCAAAGCUGAGAUGUAUCUAGUCUUACGAAUCCGCCAUUUCAAAGCUGAAAGCAGAUAAAGACGCUUUUGGGUUUUUAUAUUUUCAUUUUCUAGUAUAUUUCUACUUUUAUUAGCAAGUAGGAUAACUAUAUUUCUCUUUCUACCUUGCCUGCACCAGCUGAAAUUUCAGAUGGAUGCAGGCACGGAAGAGAAGAUCACAGAAACUUCGAAAAUGUCAAAGGAUGAAUCUAAGGGGCCUGUAACUGAAAACAAAUCCAGAAUUCGUGGGUUCAAAGGUCGGGGUCGAGGUCGGGGCGGUCGCAUAAGUCGAGGCGGCAUGCGUGGCGGGCGUGCUAUGAUAAAAGGCUUUGGACCACCUGGACAUGGGAGAGGCCGAAUGAAGCAUGGAGACAUGAAUGGAUUCGCACCCAUUAGAGGAAUGGGGAGAAUGCGACCGUACCCAGACCUGCGAGGCCAUCGAUGUAGGGGUGGACCGAUGGGUAUGGGCCCCCCUCUUCCCCCUCCACCUCCGCCUCCACACCUGAGAGGCCCCUUCCCACCAAUUCCCAGGCACGGCCCUCCUCCUCCUCCUCCUCCUCCUCCACCUCCACCUCUGGGACAUCCUGCUUUCAGAGAGCGCCCACCCCAUCCACGAGGUCGUGGCAUGCCGCCACCUGGACCUCCAUGCAACUUCCACCCCCGUGGCCCCAGAGGGUCAACGAGUAAUGAAGAGAUGAUGAAUCCCUGCCUAGCUGACACAUCGGUUCUUUCACAGUGAGCCCCCUGUUGGCUAAAGCCAAGAACCCAAUAUGUGAUUUUAUCCUUUUACACAGCUACCACAAUGGACCUGUCUCUCCUCCUCCUCCUCACCCCCCACCUGGCAGAGGCCAGAGGUGGCCAGGGCCCCCUGGUGGCCGACGCUUUUAACACAGCCCACCCUAAAAACAAUACCCAAGUACUUAUUAACAGAGACGGGGCCCAGAGUGUUGUAGUAAAUGAAACACUUUUGAAUAAUGUGUUAAACAAGUCAAAGUCUCUGAGUAUCUCUUUGACAUACUCUGUGGCCAAAUGUCUGAUUACUGACAAAUAAUCUGAAGUAAUGACUAAUGACAGCUGAGAACUUAACGUAACGUAAUGCCUCAUAACGUAACAAUGUAAAGGCAUUGUGGUUCUGUUGCUGUUGUAGAAACACUUUGACAUUGUUGAGAAAAGCUGUUCUCAGCGAGUGUUUAAUGUUCAUUGGUUCUUGUGGUGUCGCCCUGUGAGCCUUAUGAUGGUUUCCCCGACUCUUGAUAAAGACUUAAAACGGGUGAUGCUGUAUGUUUACAAGUGGGGAGCCGUUAUUGAAGGAAUGCACGCCAGCCCUCGAGCGCCACUGAAUAGUUAUGUAAACCUUGGACCUCCCUAUCAUUUAUAACCUCAUUAAACCAUGCAGCAAGUCUUGUUUAACAGAAGUAAAACAGUAUGCUAUGAGCAUCCAUGAGUAUUUAAUCCUAUAUAAUUAAUGUGCAGCUGUUUUAAGUUAUAUUGCUGUUUGAAACAUUCAUAUUUGAGAUAUAAGUCAUAGUAUACUGAAAUUAUAUAUAUUAAGUAGUUUUUAUAAGAACAGAUUCCACUAGUAUUUGCUUAAGUUACUGAGUUACGCAUUACUGUGUUAAGUUUUUUCAAGUGUUAUUAAUGCGCUGCACUGUAAUUAACAUAUCCUUGUCAAUCUGUUAUUGUGUUAUUUGAGAAAAUUCAACAGAUGAUAUAGUCAUAAAUGAAAAAAAUAAAACUAACAAUAAACUCUA